ACUGUGCACUGACAGCCUGGUUAGCUGUCAUCAUCACGCCUCGCCACAUCUAACGUUAGCUAACUAAAUGUCUUAAUGCGAUGAGCCGGGAAUUCAUUGAUCAUGGCUAACCUACAGAUCUCGUUAGCCGUCGUGGUUGUUCAGGCGGUCCUGUACAGAACCUGCGAGGCUUUGCGGUGUAACUGCACCACUGUCCAGUGUGAGAAGACUGGCUUCCAGUGUGAGACGGAUGGAGCGUGCAUGGCCUCCACUUCCCUCAUUGACGGCCAAGAGCAGCACGUCCGUAGAUGCAUCACACGAGACAAUCUUGUGCCCCCCGGACAACCGUUCUUCUGCCUCGGUGCAGAGGGCUUGCUGAACAUCCACUGCUGCUACACGGACUACUGCAACAGCAUUGACCUCAAAGUACCUUCAGUCACGACUCAGUCAGGACUCGGGGGUGGCUACGGCCCAGGUGGAACAUGGGGGCUGGUGGAGCUGGUCGCUGUGAUCGCAGGGCCGCUGUUCCUGCUGUGUCUGCUGCUGCUGAUGGGUGUGUUCCUAUAUCAGUACCACCAGAGGGCCUACAGCCACAGGCAAAGGUUAGAGGUGGAGGACCCCUCCUGUGACCACCUCUACCUGGCUAAAGACAGGACCCUGCAGGACCUCAUAUACGAUCUGUCCACGUCUGGUUCGGGCUCUGGUCUGCCUCUGUUCGUCCAGCGCACUGUGGCCAGAACAAUCGUCCUCCAAGAGAUCAUUGGUAAAGGGCGUUUUGGGGAGGUGUGGCGAGGACGUUGGAGGGGCGGUGAUGUGGCGGUGAAAAUCUUCUCCUCCAGAGAAGAGCGCUCCUGGUUCCGUGAGGCUGAAAUCUAUCAGACCAUCAUGCUUCGCCAUGAAAACAUCCUGGGCUUCAUAGCUGCUGAUAACAAAGACAACGGCACAUGGACCCAGCUGUGGUUGGUGUCGGACUACCACGAGCACGGCUCUCUGUUCGACUACCUGAACCGCUACUCUGUCACUACUGAAGGAAUGAUCAAACUAGCACUGUCCGCAGCCAGCGGCCUGGCACAUCUGCACAUGGAGAUUCUGGGAACACAAGGAAAGCCAGGCAUCGCCCACAGAGACCUGAAGUCCAAGAACAUCCUCGUGAAGAAGAACUGCACCUGUGCCAUCGCUGACCUGGGCUUGGCUGUCCGUCAUGACUCAGCCUCGGAUACCAUCGACAUUGCACCCAAUCAGAGGGUGGGCACCAAAAGGUACAUGGCUCCAGAGGUUCUGGAUGAGACUAUCAACAUGAGACACUUUGACUCAUUCAAGUGUGCUGAUAUCUAUGCUCUGGGGCUGGUCUACUGGGAGAUCGCACGCCGCUGUAAUAGUGGAGGUAUCCAUGAAGAAUACCAGCUGCCCUACUAUGACCUGGUACCUUCUGACCCAUCCAUAGAGGAGAUGAGAAAGUUGGUGUGUGACCAAAAGCUACGACCCAACAUUCCUAAUUGGUGGCAGAGCUACGAGUCUCUGCGAGUUAUGGGCAAAAUCAUGAGGGAGUGUUGGUAUGCUAAUGGAGCUGCCCGCUUGACUGCCCUGCGCAUCAAGAAGACCCUCUCCCAGCUCAGCAUUCAAGAGGACAUUAAAGUCUGAGCUAAGUCAGCUGAGCGCUGAGAAAGAGCACUGAGCAACACCCGGCUCCAGACUGUCGGACACUGAGAGGAAGGGGCCGGGCCUUCGACAAAGAACGCACAAAGUAAGAGAAAACGAUGGAGAGUCGCACUUUGUAAAAUAUUACUCCAUAGACACUCCUGCCAGUUUUGAAGCCACUUGAUUUCUGACAAACCCUACCUCGCUUACCCAGCCAAACUACCAAGAACACCUUUCCUGUCUUGUCCUCAGCUACUGCUGCCCUUUUUGUUCCUCUCUACACUCCGUACUAACAAGGAUCCUUGGAUUUCCUGUGUACUUGUAUGCAAUCGAUAGCAGGAUAUGUAAUUACCCAUUUAACAGUUUGAAAAUCAGUUAAUGAUAUUUCCUUAAAGUCUCUAUGAUCACAGUCGCUUAAUAGACACAGCAUUUGCUCUUUUUGUCUUUGAAACUGGGGCCAGCUUUUGGGGGUUAGGAGUGUUUUUAACUUAUUUUUUACUUAUUCUGUUAUUUAAAUGACUAGAUCUUGUUAUUGAAAUAUGGGUGUUUGUGAGGCUAUUGUGCAGGUUUCUCUGUGCCGCCUACAGCUUGAAGGCACAUCACAAACUGCUUAGAAACUCUUCAGAGACAAUAAUCCAUCUGGUUCUGCUGCAGCUGUGUUUAGUUGUCUCCUGAUUAUCAUGUAAGCAUGUACAAAGCAGUUGAGGCAGUUUGUGUAAAUGCAGCCCGUUUACUUUCAACAUGGUGUUGAAAGACUUCACAGUUACUGGAGCGUUUGGGCAACUUGCCAAACAUGAUUUAGCCUUUGGACCACUUGCCUGGAGCCCUUCCCAUUAAGUAUUGUAAACCUCAGGUUUUCCUUAUGCUUACCAGUCAACAUGUUUUUUUGUCUGCUUAGAGUCAUCUUAAGCAAACUACGCAUUUUGGAAUUAUUAAGCAAAAUGCAUUUUACUGAGGCUUUGUUCACAUUGCAGGGCUUAACGCUCAAUUCUAAUCAUCUAAUAAUGGGCUGUCAGAUAAAUGGGCUUUCAGUCCACUAGCUCUAUUAGCGGCUGUUGUUGGUAGUUCUGUGAAGAGAGAGGUGAGGGUGUGGCCGGGAGAGGAGUCAGCAGUGGUGAAGCCGCAAUGUGGAAGGUUUCACAGAGGAACAGUUCCUCCAAACUUCAGCAUUUCCAGGGUUACAUUCCAAUAUCUGUCGGCGUUACAACAGUGCUGUCACGUCGGCAAGCUGUCCCCAUCAGAAAGAGUCUGGCAGUCGGGCUCUAUUGGCUGAUGACUGGGGCAGCCUACCGCAGCAGCGAUAUGGCUACAGCAACCUUCUGUAGUUUUGACAAACCACACAGACACUGUGUGGUGAGUUAUCUGUAUCUUGACCACCACCAAAAAUCAUGCCUGUGUGGAAAAUCACGUGAAUUCGCUAUGACGUUUCUUACUGUAGUUGUGUGGCCAGUGAUUGGAUAUGUAUCGUGUUUAGGACCACAUAUGAUAGUGGUCCAGAUCUGACUGGAAAAAAAUCUAAUUUCUGUGUCCACAUGACACCAAAACAAUCAGAAUUGGGCCACAUUUGCUUGUAAUGUGAACGUAGGCUAAGAUGGAGGGUUAAAUGUAGAGCCACAGCUGCCAUGGACUUGAAACUGUAUAUUUUGUCCUUGAUCUUAGCUGACACACUCGCGUGCUUUGGACUGGGACACUUCCUACAAAUCCCAUGUAUAUUUAAAUCAUAGUAUUCCAGUCUGAAAGCAGCCGCUGUCUCUCAAUCAACCCACAGACCAUAACCUGCCACGAGAGUAAACGUUGCUCCGGCCUCUUGGAUAAGCUGAUAAACACGACAUUCAGAUAACCUUUGUCCUUUGCAGCAGUAAUCCUGUAUACACUGUACUUAAACUACAGGGCAAAAAUGUUUCAUUUUAAAUCCCUUUUAAAUACACUAACUCCAGGAAUCUGAAUAAUAGUUUGUUUUUAUGUUUUUAUAUCGUCAAAGCAUGUUCAAUGUUCUUUUCCCCUCAGGGCGUCUUUUCCCUGGCCAAGUAUAACUACUGCACAUAAACUAGCUUUUUAAGGUGAGACUUGUGUAUAUAGGACAGUUACACUAGAUCUUAUGUUGAGACUUAGCUCAUGUUUUAGAUGGUCGAAUCUUUUAUAUCGACUUUUUGGUUGGUGGGAAGAAAAUUACUUUUGUCUUGCUGUUUGUAAAAAGUUUUAUGUACAAAUCUACUUUUUGACCUCUGAUGUGACAUCACUGUAUGUGUCAGACACACUGCUUAUGUUGACUAUAGACGAUAGAGUGUUGCAGGGAUGAUGUUGUUUUGUAGGUUGACCUGGAAGGUAGCAUCGUCCUGGUUCCCUCGUCAAAAAGCCAGUUGGGUUUUCCUAUUGGAUUUUGGAUUAUUACAGAAAAUAAGCUACAAGUCUAACAAGUGUGAUACCUACACGUUUUAUUCGGCAAGAUAAUCCUCACAAAUAAGCACCACUUUUAUGAUUUUUGAACCUAAAUUAAAUUGGCAGAAGUAAUAAGCUAACAUAAGGCUAUAAACAAACAACAUCAUGGUCGGUAACUUCAUCGUCACCACCACAACGAGGCUGUAAAGCCAUGUUCAGAGCAUGGACUGUAUAAAUAGAUGGAUGACACGUUUCCACUUCCUCCAGUUGUACAAAAAUGAAGCCAAAAUAUCCUGGGUAUGGCCACUGCCAUCUUGCACUGGUGGUCAAAUUGGUGGUCAUUUGGAGCCAGAGUCUGCGCAGUAGCAAUCUCUGCUGUGUCGAGUUCCUGCUGAAAGAUCCGUCCAACUAAUUACAAGCAUCGCUAUUGAUCAUGAGCACACUGAUUGACACACACAGCUGUCAAUCAUGAAGUCAAACCCCAUUUUUAUAGUAUCAAAUAACUCAUUAAAACCAGUCGUAUCUUUGGGAAAAAUGUAUUUGACCUGUACUUUGAUGUUUUAGUUUGGCCCGUGUUCGUCUGCUAACAAGAAGGUGCCAGCCUUUAUGAACCUGUACUGCAGCCAGCCACCAGGGGGCAAUGUACAUGUUUUGGCUUCACUUCAGGGAGCUGUUAUUGCGUCCAUUGUCCAUCCAUUCCUCUGAAGCUUGUGUUAGCCACAAACUUUAUUUCAGGCUUCUAACCAAAAACCUACUCAAAAAACCCACUGACUACAAGACGAGGGAACUGGCAGUGCUAACAUGCUAACUCAUUUCCAGGUUUUAGGACUCGUUCCUGCAGCACUCUGUUUGAUUUUAAAUCAAUGUUCCCCCCCCCACAGCUCCUCUUGUUCAUCAUACAAUACCUCCUCAAUGUGAACACUGUAUGUGGAUUGUUUCUGUCUAGCUAACACUGUCAGAGAUCACUGUCUACGUUUUUUAUGUUUUCAGGAAAUAGGUGCACUUUUGUCUUUAGCUGUAUGCAAAUCCAACAGGUACUGUCUGCGUGUAGUCGUUCCCAUGUUAUUUAUAUAUAUGUAUGCUGUGAGUCCCUAUGAAAGCCUGAAAGGCCACAUGUGCACUACUACUGACCUCACAGCAUUAAAACCAAAUUGUUCUCAGAAUCAUCUCUGGUCAUGGCCUCUGGUGUUUAUUUAGGAUCACACCACUGAAAAUGAGAAUGUUGAUACAAAUCAUGCCAACCAGUUGCAGUACACUCCGUCUGACUGGAAACUGUAAGGAGAAUCUGACUUUUUCUUUGGGAGAAGAAACUAAAUACUACUGAAUUGUCUCAACGCUGUCUCACAAAUGUGUUUGACCAAUACUUUUUAUGUUUAAAUCGCUUGCCCUCUGCACUGUAUUGUUAAAAUCUUACAGGAUGUUUGUAAGAACGAAUAGACUGCACUCGAUGCUGUUGUUUUUUGCGGGGAAGACUGGGGAGCUCUACUGUUUGAUAGGUGGUUGAAUGUCAACCGCAUUUAUACACUAAAGGGGUGUGUCUGUCAAAUUGUUAUCUGCCUUACAAUGUAUAAAAUGCAUAAUGUAUUUAAGGUUUUUAAACCUUUCUCCAAGUAUCCCCAUGGAAGAAUAGGAGGGUGUGAAUCAAAGUAUAUUUCUGCUGGUUGUGACAACUCCCAGGUCUCUGUCCAAUCAUGGCAAAGAGACAACUGCAUCCAUGUACAAACCCCUUCAGGACUUCAAUCAUGUACCUUCUAAUAGAAAGUAAUAAAUGCAUUUGUUUCUCUU